CAGUUUAAAGUUGCAGCAUAGUACAGUUAUGUGAUUUAAUUGGUUUGGGAGUGAUGGGCUGUCAACUUGUUCACUGAAGGCGCCUAGGAUGUAUGAGGAACGCUGUGUGGCCAGUGAUUGGCAGACGUGCACAUUCGUAGGUGUCGCUACUCCAUUCCAGGAGAACAGUCAACAAACUCCGAGUCUCUCUUAAAUGGAGGUCGGAUGGUGUUACUUUUCACUACUUCGAUCAGUUUAUUUUAGCCUAAUGUUCCGUUCAUUCGUUUUCAGACCAUGGUCGGAGGGAAACCGCUCAUGGGCGACAGAAUAUUUUCUCUCCGCUCUCUCUGACAGACGGCCAAACUCAGGGAGUCUUUUACGCAACGACGAAGGAUUCUGCUGUGAACCUGUUUUUUUCCCUCUCGGUUUUGGGAUAAUUUUCCUGGGUUUUCUGUCCAUUCAAGUGUCCAGCGUUUACCUGUGAAUAUUUUGUGUCGAGAGAGGAUGUUUAAUCGGACACGCGUCUUGCUGGUGGCUCUGAUGCUACUGUGGAACGGCUAUUCCCGGGGAUCAAAGGUUAACAAGGUGUCCAGAAAGCUACCGCGGGCGCGCACAUGCUUGGACAUACCUGACGAAAUCCUUGAACAGAUGUUUGGGAGACUUUCGGUGGGGGUCCUUAGCGCAUUUCAUCACACGCUGACGCUUGGGCCGGUGGAGCGACUGAAUCUCACAUGUCCCUCUGGCCGUCGCCUAAUCGCGGACAGAAAGUCGCGAAUUCCCGUCAAUCUCCUCAGCAUCUCUCCUUGGGCAUACCGGAUCUCCCACGACCCGGCGAGGUACCCGCGCUUCAUCCCAGAAGCGUAUUGCCUGUGUAAAGGGUGCUUGCUCGGUCCCUACGGCCAGGAGAUCGACCGGUAUCGCAGCACCCCGGUCUACAUGCCGUCCGUGAUCCUGCGUCGCACAGGCUCAUGUGUCGGUGGCCGCCACUCCUACACCGAAAUGUACAUCUCUGUCCCUGUUGGGUGCACGUGCGUACCGUUGCUGGAGAAAGACAGGCAAGCACAGAGGACCAACCAAAGUAUGGACAGUACCAAAGUGAAGCCAGGCCAAAAGACUUUCCACACCAAAGCCGUUCGGAAAACCUGAAGAACUUACACCUAAAACAUGUAUGAAGACUCUGUGGACAGUUUUAUCAAAAGGAGUGCAGAAUUAUUACUAAAAUCAGAAUAACCUCUUUGCUGAAAUGAGAUUUCCAGUGACUAUCUGGCUUUCGGGUCUGUCCAGUGGUGAUGCACAGUGACACCUGUUGAUCAAAAUGUCCAAUGUCAGCUUUCCUGUCUACAAAGUAAGUUCCUGUAAAGUUGAACAGGCCAACAUAUUCUGAAUGAAAGGUAACCACGGACGAGGGCAAGAACUGAGUAAUGGUGUAGACCCAGCUGACUAUGGCAAGUAACACCACUGUACAAACAAGCCAAAAAGAGGAAAUGUACUAGGAACGAAUCUAACUGCAAUCUGAGAUGCAGGGAAUGUUCAUGGUGACAGUGUUAUGGAGAAUAUCCUUGUCCUGAGAGGAUUCCCUCAAACUUUACGGGUAAAAGUAGUUAUAUCAGAAGUAAAACGUCCUUCGCUGAAUGGGGCUUUAUGUAGGCCUUAUAUACAAUAAAAAAUUCAGAAACUAA